AUGUUAGGAAUGGAAUAUAUAUGUUAAUAAUUUUAUAGUUAUUAAGAUGUUUAAUAGUUAAAAGAAAUAAUUAAGAUUGAUUAGAUUGGAAUAAUAAAUAUUUAUGAAGAUGAAUAAAUAAUUAAAUAUUAAAUUGAUAGAUCAAAAUGUCUUAGAUUAAGUGAUCUUAUAUAUAUGAUUGUAAAUUAUAUAAUUAAAUAUUAGAAUUAAAACUUUGUACGUUUAUAUUUAGGGUAAUUAUUAACCUUAUUUGUUAAUUUAUUAAAUAAAGUAAUAUCAUUAUAAACUUAAUAUAAUAUUUAUCAUUAAUAUUUAGAUCCUAAUAGAAUAUGGUUAAUAUUUUAAAAUUCAUUCAGAUCUGUAGGUUUUGUUUAUACUAAAAUUGAUUAUAAAAUAGCAUUUACAGGAUACCAAUGCUAAUAAUAUGUAAUAGGUUCAAAUCUACCCAUAUCAGCUUAUGAAAAAAUUUAACAAAUUAUAAAAGCUAUUUUGAAGCAAUUUUAAAAAAAUAAUAUGUUUUUUAAAAAUUCUACACAAAAUGAAAUUAAGUAAUAAAUUUAUGAUCCAAUUAUAUAAGUUUGUGAUAAACUUGAUAUUUUUGCUACUUUAGAUAAAAUUUAAGGUAUCUUAAAAGAAUUUGGGUUUGAUGAAUAAUAAUAAACUAUUAAAUUUGAAGAUUCAUUAAAAAAUUAAAAAGUGGAAAUCAUUAGAAAUCAAAACAUAAAAUAAAUUGAAUAAUAGAUUAAAGAGUAUGUUUAAGUUUUAAAAGAUGAAGAAAAUCCCUUAAUUUUGGAAAUGAUUAUUUUAACUUAGAUGAAAAACAUAGCAUCUACUAUAGAAAAUUAAUAAAAAUUAAAAAAAGUAGAAAAGGAUAAUCAUUAUUUAAAGUCAAUGGAAUCAUUUUAUGAAGAAUAUUAAAUCUAAUUAAAGAAUUCUACAGAAAAUAUUAUUUAAGUAAUUGUCAAGGAUACUUUAUAAUAAAAAUUAAUAUAAUAUAAAUUAGAAUAUUUAGAAGAAGAAAUACAAAAAUUAACUUAAAAUAUAGUAAAAAAAAUUGUAAAUAUGAGAUUGAAUUAAUACUUUUAUAAUUCUCCACAUUAUUAUAUCAGAUAUGAUUAAUAGCAUUUGUUAUAAUGUUAAUUAAGUUUAUAUUCUAAAUUGUUAUUAGAAAUAGUGAAUGAAGAAAUUGAUAUAUUCAUUUUAUUACAAGUAAUAUUAGUCAUUGAUGAAUUUAUUUGA